UCUCCGCCGAUGAUGGACGCCGCCGAAGACCAAGAACCCGUUCUCUUCCACUCUUAUCCAUGUGCUUAUUACGUACAAAGCCCCUCCACUCUCUCCCACGCCAACAGCUCCGACAACCGAAACCCAGCCGAGUCAUCCGCUUGCCAUUCACCUCUCCCCUCCGACACCUUCCCCAACGGCCGCCGCCACCACCACCACCGCAACCCAACCCAGGAAGCCUCUCGCUUCACACUCUCCCACUAUUCCUCAUCAUGUGGGUCGAACCAUGGAGGUGGGACCGACAACGGGGAGGCUCGGCUGAUGGUGGGCGGCGGCGAUGGGGCGGAGGAGAAGCAGGAGAAGGCGGAGGAAGAGGAAGAAUGGUAUUAUGGGAGGAAGAGAAGAGGGUGUUGGAAGACGUAUUUUACGUAUAGGAAUUCGGAUUCUAAUGCUUGGAUUUGCUUGCAGCUGAGUUGGAGAGCUGUUUUUAGUAUGGGAAUGGCUUUGCUUGUGUUUUACAUUGUCACUAACCCUCCCCGACCCGUUAUUUCCGUCAAGGUACGAGAAGUAGACGAGUUUAUGCUCGGGGAAGGAGUGGACAAGACCGGGGUUGGAACUAAGAUCCUAACAUGCAAUUGCACCAUGGAUGUAAUUGUGGACAACUACUCAAAGCUCUUUGCCCUUCACAUUCUUCCUCCAUCUCUUCAUAUGUCUUUUGGGCCUCUUCCCAUUGCAACCUCCCAAGGUCCGAGAUUGUACGCGGAGAGUGGAACGACGACGUUUCGAUUAAACGUGGGUAUUAGCAAGAAGCCAAUGUACGGUGCGGGGAGAGAAAUAGAGGAUAAGCUUGAAUCAGGAGCAGGAUUGGAGCUUACAAUUCGACUCAAUUUCAUUUCGAAUUAUAGGGUGGUUUGGAAAAUUAUAAAGCCCCGGUUUCAUCGUCGUGUUGAUUGCUUAUUGGUCGUCCAAAAUACUUAUGAUAGGAAGCGUCACACUCGAAUCUUUAAUAGUACUUGCUUAACUUCUCCAUGAUUGUUAGCCUAUAAAUUUUGCUUUUUAAUGAGAAAAAA